UAAUGACCCAAUCAAUCCAUAGAAAUCUAAAUGUAUCAUUCGCUGUCUACGGUGGCUCUGCCGCGUUUCGCCACCGUCAUCACGUCGGCGAAGAAGCCACGUCAGAGGCCAAACCUGAAAACCCAAAGCGGUAAGCAAAAGACGACAACAACCACCAUAACUCCCGGUGUACCGGCGGCCACCGUCAUGAAAACAACGUCAGGAUUUAACAGCAGAAACAAAGAACCCAAUUGGCAGUGUAUCCAGAACUGUGGUGCCUGCUGCAAACUUGAAAAAGGGCCAAAUUUUCCUACCGCUGAAGAAAUUUUCGAUGACCCUUCUGAUAUUGAGUUAUUCAACAGCUUGGUAGGUUCUGAUGGAUGGUGCAUACAUUUCGAUAAGAGCACAAGAAAAUGCUCCAUUUAUGCUGAUCGUCCCUACUUUUGUCGAGUUGAACCUGCCAUCUUUGAGACACUCUAUGGGAUUGAAACGAAAAAGUUCAACAAGGAAGCUUGCAGUUGUUGCAUAGACACAAUUAAAGCAGUGUACGGAUCAACCUCAAAGGAGUUGGAGAAUUUCAAUGCUGCAAUAUGGAGUUCAACUUAGUUCUGCAUUCUAUUUCAUGAGGUGAAUCAUUUUGGUGGUUUUCUGUGUCGAUCAGCGUUUGCAGCCUGUUGCAGUUGCUAGGCAGAUCGAUGAACCAUCCUAGUCGAUGCAAGAUGUUGGUGAUUUAGCCGAGAUCGUCUUCUCUAAGAACAAGAAUACAGUGAGACAGUAGCUUCAGUGAGUAGACCUAUGUUUUCUAGUGUCAGAUUUCAUUGUAUGGCCAAUCUUUUAUCAGAAUUUGUGGAAGAAGACUUAAUCAGCUAGCUUUUGGAGUUGAAUUAAGCAUUUACUCUAAA